AUGGGACAACCAACUAUACCCCCAACGCCAUCGGGGACUGAUCUGAGCAACAAGACGGUGAUUGUGACAGGCGGCAAUGCAGGCAUGGGCUACGAAGCUGCCCGGCAGUUGCUCGUAUUACAUGCAUCGCGCGUCAUCAUCGCCGUGAGGUCUGCCGUCAAAGGCGAAGAGGCUGUGGCAUCGUUGAAGCUUGACCUCGAAGUCAAAAAGCAUAAUCCAACUGCAACCAUUGAAGCUUUCGUGCUCGACCUUGACGACUACAAAUCAGGUUUAAGCUUUGCUCAGAAGGUCAAGCAAGAAGUGAAGGAAUUGGACAUCCUUCUUUGCAAUGGAGGUGUCAACAUCAUGAAGUACCAGAAGAGUGUUGCUGGACACGAAAGAGUCAUGCAAGUAAAUUGCUACACGCACGUCUUGAUCGCUCUGGAGCUUCUGCCACUUCUCCAGGCCACUUCGAAGCUCCGCAACGCUCCCACCCAUUUGACCUUUGUCGGAUCCGCCACGCAGACCAUGCACACUCUCGCCAAAAAGCCUGUCGCCGCCUCGGAGACAGUGCUCAGUCAUUUCGAUGACCAGAACAUUUACAGCGGUCUGACUCGAUACAGUGAUAGCAAACUAGCUGUCAACGCUUAUGUUCGCCGUCUAUCGGCUCUUGUCUCUUCUUCCGAAGUCAUCGUCAACAAUCUCUGCCCUGGUCUGGUAGCCACAGGAUUUGACAAACAACUGCCCGCAUGGUUGAAGCCUCUCAUGUUUGUAUACCGCAAGAUUGCCGCUCGUGAUGUGCACGAAGGGUCUCGCACUCUCGUCUAUGCAUCAGCAGUCGCAGAUGCAACUACCCACGGCAAAUUCUUACAGUCCAACAAGAUCGACCCUGGUGCCCCAUUCCUCGAUCAACCCGCUGGCAAGACCUUUACCGAUAAGCUGUGGGCGGAAACGGUGGCUGACAUCGCGAGAUUUGACGAGAACCUCAAGGUAUACGCUUGA